UUCAAAUUCUCGAGUAAUACCAACGCGCAGUUGUACACGAACGUUGAGGAGAACGGACGAAAUGAACGUUAAAAAUAAAGUUUUUCUGAUAACUGGUGCGGCGACCGGCAUCGGCGCUGGUGUGACUCGUGCUUUAGUGCAAGCGGGGGCUAAGAGUGUAGCAGUACUAGAUGUAAACGUAGAUGCCGGAGAAGCAUUACAAAAGGAAUUGAAUGUAAAGCAUGGAGCUGAUAAGGUAUUGUUUAUUAAAUGCGAUGUUACACAAGAUUUAGACUCGGCAUUUGACGAAGCAAUGAAACAACUUGGUUAUAUCGACGUUUUGAUAAACAAUGCCGGAAUAAUGAAUGAUGCUCCCGAUAUUUAUGAAAAACAAAUAGCGGUUAAUGUGACAGCAUUAAUAAAAGGGUCGCUAAAGGCUUACGAUUGGAUGCGUAAAGAUAAAGAUGGCAAAGGCGGUACAAUCAUCAACAUUUCAUCAAUAGUAGCCCUGGUUCAAAAUCACCUAUUACCCGUGUACAGCGCAACGAAGAGCGCUGUGCUACAAUUCAGUAACUGUUUGGGUAAACAAGAAAAUUAUUCUCGAACGUCAGUUCGUGUGAUCGCGAUUUGUUUCGGAGUUACCGAGACUAACUUAAUACGUGGAAAGGUCGGAUGCAUUGAUAAAGAAUUAGAGGAAAUAAUGGCUGCUGCUUUAGAAAAAUCUCCUACUCAAAGCGUGGAUUCGGCCGUCCAAGGACUUUUAACGGCAUUCGAAAGCGGCACAAGCGGCAGCACGUGGUUAAUUACAAGGAAUAAACCGGCUGAAGAAAUAACUAAUAAUGUUGAUAAGGCAUUCGAUAUCUUACGUCAAGGCGUAUUUUAAUAUCUAUUUUUACAAGUAAUCGUUAGUUCCGGCUUCGUACAUGCUUAUUAUGAUGAUGCGUAUUAAAUUUCGUCUCAUAUAAGCUUAUACUAGGCGUUAUAGUAAGAAACUUAAUCUUAUAUUUUUAAUUACUUAUAAACAUCGUAAAAUAAUAUUUAGAAAACCGGCUACACGCUCAACAGUAUGUAUUAGAUAGAACAAACUGGUUGGGUCUAGUCUGAUGGAUUUCAUUUGAGAAUGUUUUAAUGUAGACCUUGUCAAUUGAUGAUGAAACAAUCAUUGCUUCACAUAGAUAAUAUUUUGUUUAAUUUUGUAUUUUAAAUAAAACUUAUUGUUCUUUAUAUUCUGA